CAUGCCAUGGCACCGCAACGGAAAAGGGUAUAAAACACCCCUACACGCCGAACGGUCUCACGACAUUCUAUUCUAGUUUGCAACAUGAAAGUGCUGGCGUUGAUGCUCUGUCUGCUGGUGGGUGCCACGGUGGCAUCCCGUUGCGUGCGGGACAACAGCAACGGCGAGCCAGGCUGCAAAACGAAGGAAGAGAUCGACCAGGGCUUCUGGCGCCACAACUACGACCCGACCCGCUACUGGGAGUGUACCCGGCUGAACGAGCGGGCGGUCCUGCGCUCCUGUCAGGAUCAGGCCUUCCAUCCGUCCCAGCUCGAGUGCGUCGACUGGGACGACUGGGAGUGGGAGCCGGUGUGCGCACCGCUGACCCGGCCGGAUCCAUAGGCCGGCAGGACUCGGACGCUAUGCCGCAAGAUGCUUCGGGAUUGGAAAUAAAGCGAGCUCAAAAACUGCAUGCAAACUGUGCAACACACAA